AUGCCGACACUAUCCUUUCACCCCAGUCCGUCGUCGCUGACAGCACGGCUUGAGCGUGUCACAUACAGUCGACCUGACUGCUCUGCAGCUCUGCGUGGCUUCUCGCUACCGCAGCACCUCGGUAACGAUGUGGUCCGGCUUGCGCUUGUGGCCGGAAUCCGUAGACACGUUGACCUUGCGCGUCUUCCCGAGCUCGCCGAUUUGUGCGCUUACAGCAGCGCCCAGAACGUCUUCGCGCGAGCUCGCAACGCGAGGCUCAUCAUGAGCGGCGAAAUCCCUGCGCAAGACAUGAUGGGCGAAGAUUGCCUCCCAUACUGUAUCUGGCACCCCGAAGUAGCUACCGAGGACACAUAUAGGGCUCUGGCCACUCAAUACCCCAGCAUGAAGUACCAGGUCGGGCGAGCGUGCGCAGUGGGUGGCUAUAUUGACCUAUACCGCGAGCUGAAUCUUCUCCCUGAUACGUCCAUCGCCGAAGAGGCUCGGGAAAACGGGGGCGUGCAGGGCGCGCGGGAAAUUUACCACUUGAUCAUGGCCACACCAACCCGCUACAAAGUCAUGGAUGACUAUACGCGAAAGAUCAGCAGUUCUCCUCGUGCUGGUGCACAACUCAACGCCGACACGGCCGUCAUCGCCAGCAUGAAAUCGACUAGAAAGCAUUCCGCCGACUUUCCUGCGCACUGGAGACCUUUUAACAUCAGCGAGGACUGGGGCAUCGCCGAGAAAAGUGUCUCCCCGAAACCUGCAGCACUUGGUUCUGCAGAGAUGGAACUUAUCGACGGCCCUCUGCCACCUGAUCUGCCAACAAUGAACAAACAUCUGCUCAUUCUCAUGGCUGCAUAUAUGGGCAAUGUCGACCGUUAUGCUCGCUUACGUCGGCCCUGGCCAGUCAAGGCGGAGCUCAAGUGCCUCCUGCGCGGCAUCUACCACAGCACCUUUAUGGCGACGUGGCUUGCCAGGAACGAUAGCAUUGUCAUUGCCGUGGGACGGCAUCCAAGCGAUAUCAAGGCACUACGGCGGGCGAUACACGCACGUCGUGUCAUGAAUAACGACAUAGCCCACAUCACAGCUCGCAACGAGGCAGGACAAUGGAUUGUGCCAGACAAUGAGCUGCCAUAUUGGACCUGGUACCCUACAAUGCCCCAGCGCCAGGUUAUGGCGCGUCUCGCUCAGCUCCGUCCCACCAUGGCGGCAGCCUGCUUGCGAGUGUGCAUCGCCGCCAACUAUCGUGAGGACUAUGAAGAAAUCAUAAAUCUACCUGGCGUAGUACCAGAUUCGGCCAUGCAGUUCGAGGCCGGGCUACACGGCUGGGGAGACUACUACGCAGAAGACAUUCUGCGCCGACAAGAGGCAUUGGGAAUCAAGCAUCUGGCCGCUGACUCGAACUGGGAGUGGAAGGAGAUGGACCCCUGGCGCGAAGGUAACCCGAGUAGCGUGGAGCUCUUGGGCGAGUUGAGGGAUUGGCACGAGGCGGUGAGCUCAGGACAAGAUGGUGGGAUGUACGAGGGGAUGGGAUUGGAGACGGGGAGGAUCGAGCUAUGGAUGAGCUGCCCCCCUUGGGUUCGAGAUGCAGCGAGGACAAGCAAGUAUGGGUUCCUCGCGGAUGUGAGCAGCGCCGUUUUCCACGAAGAGUCCAAGAAGCCGAAGCUAGAUGAUAGGACAUAG